GUUAACCCCCUUUUCGUCCCUAUCCUCGACUGAAAACUGCACCGAUCUCUCCAUCUUCCACAGGAUUUUCGUCUCUCUCAAUCUCCAGUGUCACUUAGGGUUCUACUAAUCUCAUUGAUCAAGUGUUAAAGUCAUUGAUUUGAUCGAAUUCAUCGAGAAUUUGUAAUUUCGCACGUCGAACACAAUUUUCAAUCGACCACGAGUUUCAACGUCACGAUGACAGUUGGGUUGCUAAGUGCUUUGAUAAAUGGCAAGUGCAAGAGAUGAGUAUCUUGGAGCAUAGAAAGAACUUGUUUAUUUAUGGAGAAUUUAUCGAUGGUGAUUGGCUCAAAAGGGUUAAUAAAAAGGAACGAAUUUGUAAGGAUCCUUAUUCAGUGUCUCUAUUCGUUAGACUAUGAGAAAUCGGCAGCUUGUUUGGAAUUAGAGUCAGGCAUUUCGUUCAAAUCGGCGGAGCUUAAGUUGCUUGAAUCAUUGGUCCUUAGUGCUGAUUGGGAGGGCUGUAUUGAUAGCCUAUAUGGGAUCAGGGACAUGACAGAUGAACAAAGGGAUGCAGCUUUGUUUCUUGUUUCACAACAGUAUUUGCUGGAGUCUUUGGGACGAGGGGAUGAUUCUUUAGCCUUGUCCCUUUUGCGUAAACAAAUUUCCAAAUUGCAAGUGGGUAGAGAGAAAGUGCACAAGCUUGCUUUUAGUUUAUUUUCACCUGGGGAGCUGGGUUUGAAUGAAGUUCAUGAAGAUGGUGAUGUUUUUCAAAAAUUGAGGAGAAAUCUAAUAAAUGAAUUGGAGAAAUUGCUCCCACCACCAAUCACUGUGCCUGAUAGAAGAUUGGAACAUCUGGUCGAAAAGGUGGUUUGUUCCCAAAUUGAUUCAUGCAUCUAUCAUAAUUCUCUCGAUCCAGUGUCAAUCUAUGGGGACCAUCGUUGUGGCCGGGAUCAGAUCCCUACAGAAACUGUCCAGAUUCUGUCUGAUCACAAGAACGAAGUUUGGUUUGUUCAGUUCUCUAACAAUGGGAACUAUUUAGCAUCUUCAUCAAGCGAUUGUACAGCCAUUAUAUGGAAGGUACUAGAAGAUUGCAAGUUGGUUCUGCAACAUACAUUAAGCAGUCACCAAAAUCCAGUUUCUUUUGUAGCGUGGAGCCCUGAUGACACGAUGCUACUGACAUGUGGCAGCUCAGAAGUCCUUAGGCUUUGGGAUGUGGAAACAGGUACAUGUAAGCACACUUUUGGUGAUAGUGGCUUCCUUGUUAGCUCGUGUGCUUGGUUCCCGAGCUCAAAGCAACUCGUCUGUGGCAGUUCCGACCCCAAAAAGGGCAUAUGCAUGUGGGAUUGUGAAGGCAACGAGACCAAGGCAUGGAGAGGAGUGAGGAUGCCUAAGGUGUCAGAUAUCGCCGUUACUCCAAAUGGAGAAAAUCUCAUCAGCAUUUUCUCGGAUAAGGAUAUUCGGAUCCUAAAUGUGGUCACAAAUGUUGAGCGGGUUAUCUCUGAGGAGCACCCUAUCACGUCUCUUUCUGUUUCCGGGGAUAGCAAGUAUUUGAUUGUUAACCUCAACAGCCAAAAGAUUCACAUGUGGGAUAUUGAAGGAUCGUGGGAAAAGCCGUUGACGUAUAAGGGUCAUAAGCAACACAAGUAUGUCAUACGUUCUUGCUUCGGUGGAGUCAACAGCAUGUUUAUUGCCAGUGGCAGUGAGGAUUCACAGGUGUAUAUUUGGAAUCGACGUAGUUCUGAUCCAAUCGAGGUGCUGUCCGGCCAUUUAAUGACUGUAAACAGCGUGAGCUGGAAUCCCAAGAGACACCAAAUGCUAGCUUCUGCUAGCGAUGAUCAAACCAUUCGCAUUUGGGGACCAAAUCGAUCAGAGAAGAUGAAACUCGUAUGAUGUAUGUAACCAUUACCUGUAGUUAGUCAAACGUAUUUUUUUCGAUGCUUUCUGUCGAUACGUAGUUUAUAUUGUGCAUCCAUCUGUUUUGACUUCCUGCACCACGGUUCUCGUGUUCGUUGUAAGUAGCCAUUUCCGCUUCGGUUUCUAGUUCGAUGCAUCUUUCGGUUUGUUUUGUAGGUAAGAAAUAAUUGUAUGGUUCUAUAAAGUUGAUGAAUUAGGGGUUGUUUGGUUAGUUUUCCAUUAA